CUCUCUCCAGGCUGCAGGCAGGCUCACCGGACGUCACCAUGAGGCUCGUCCCCUGCCUCCUGCUGGUGGCCUUGUGUGGCCUGCGGGCCUUGGGCCAGACCCCAAAGCAGAAGCAAGGAGGCCACGGGGAGGAAUUCCACUUCCAGACGCGAGGGGAAGACUCCUGUACUAUGCGCACCAGUGGCCUAGGGGACGUCCAGCUCCGCAUCAAGUGUCGCAACCAGGACACGGCAUACUGGUGCGAGUACAGAGGGCAGCCCAGCAUGUGCCCUGCCUUCACCGCCAACCCCAAGCCAUACUGGGAACAAGUCCUGCAGGAGCUGAGGCGCCUGAGCCACGCGUGCCAGGGGUCCCCCGUGCUGAGGCCGUCCGUGUGCCUGAAGGCAAGUCCCCAGGCGUACCUGAAGUUGGUGGCCUCCAGCCUCCAGGGCAGCCCAGCUCCUCAGCAGCACCCUGACACAGCCACGAGGCCACCUCCACAGCCCACGGCCCCAGCGAAACCCGGGAAUGCAAGCCAGCUUGGACAGGGCUCUGUGGAAAAGCUGGAAGAAGCCAGGCCCACCACCCAACCCACGGUCAAGGCCACCCAGCCGGGGCCCAGGCCCGGAGGGGAUGACACAGAGAAGCUGGCCAGAGAACUCUUCUGGGCGUUCCUUCAGGCCGUCUACGCCACUGUUAUCCGCUUCUUCCAAGGGUGACAGAGAAGGAGAAAGGGCUCCCUUGCAGAGCUGGCCUCUUCCUGGCAGAGAAAAAUCCCUUUCUAUGCUGCGAUGUUUUCAAUCCAAC